UUUUAAUAAAAUAUUGGAAACAUGUGAUAUUAAAUUAAUAAGAACAGUCACAGGUUAUAUUUAUAUGAUUGUAUAUAUAAUAUAACGGUACUAUCUCUGAAAAUCCCUGUGAGAAUUCUUUCUGCGCAUCGCGUGAUUAAGAUAUGGAUAAUGAUAAAAUUUCUUGUCCUAUCUGUUCUGAAAAAUUUUCUUCUACAAUAAUAGAAAAUCAUGUUAGUAAAUGUUUAUUCUUAAAUGAAUCAACAAGCAAAGAAUCUUUUAAGGAUGAAAGCCCUGCAAGGAAAUAUGUAAAAUUAAAUAAUACAAAAGCAAAAAAGAGUGAUUUGGGAUUAGUAAAAAAAAAAACUACUUUAAUAGAAUCAUCAUCAAUAAAUGUAGAUUCUCAGAUACCAAAAACUUCAUUUAACAUUAAUACAGAUAAAGAAAUUAAAAAAUUAUUUGGAAAUGAUUAUAUACCUCUUGCGGAACGCAUGAGACCUACAACACUUUCAGGAUAUAUUGGACAAUUACACAUUCUUGGACCAUCUACUAUUCUUUAUCAAUUAUUAAAUAAAUUUGAAAUACCAAAUAUAAUUUUGUGGGGUCCACCUGGUUGUGGAAAGACAUCUUUGGCAAAUGUUAUAGCUCACAUAUGUAAAACUAAAUCAAAUGGUAAAAUAAGAUAUGUUAAGUUAUCUGCAGCAAUAGCUGGAGUAAAUGAAGUAAAAGAAAUAAUAACUAUAGCUACUAAUGAAUUAAAAUUUAAUAGACGUACAGUAGUUUUCAUGGAUGAAAUACAUCGUUUUAAUAAAAGUCAACAAGAUGUAUUUUUACCACAUGUUGAAUCUGGUAUUAUUACAUUACUUGGUGCAACAACAGAAAAUCCUUCUUUCAGUUUAAACUCAGCACUUUUAAGUCGCUGUAGAGUCAUUGUUUUAGAAAAAUUAAAUAUAUCUAAUUUGAUAUGUAUAUUAAGCAGAGCUGUAAUAUCAUUAGAAGGAAUAGUGCAUAAUUCAAAUAAAAUAUCGGAAAACACCACUCAAAUACCAAAAUUUAUUAUAGAUGAACCAACUAUAGAAUGGUUGGCAGGAACCUCUGAUGGUGAUGCUCGUAUAGCAUUAGGUGGUUUGGAAUUAGCAGUUCGAUGUAAAUUACCAAACAAUGAAGAUUUUGUGAAGAAUGAUCCUGUGACUAUUACAUUAGAUGAUAUUAAAGAAAGCCUUAAAAAAACUCAUAUGUUAUAUGAUAAAAAAGGUGAUCAGCAUUAUGAUAUGAUUUCAGCUUUACAUAAAUCUGUUAGAGCAAGUGAUGAAAAUGCUUCCCUUUAUUGGUUAACAAGAAUGAUAUUAGGUGGAGAAGAUCCAAAUUAUAUUGCACGAAGAUUAGUUAGAAUGGCAUGUGAAGAUAUUGGUUUAGAAGAUCCAAAAGCUCUUGAAAUUGCUAUACAUACAAUGCAUGGCUGUAAGAUGAUAGGAAUGUCUGAAUGUAAUGUCCUUUUAGCACAAUGUACAAUAUAUUUAGCCAGAGCUCCAAAAUCUAGAUUGAUGGAAGAUGCACUUAGAGCUGCUCAAAGAGUAGUAGCUGAACAUAAAGGACCUCAACCAGGUGUACCUUUACAUUUAAGAAAUGCUCCAACAAAGCUUAUGAAAAAUUUAGGAUACAGUAAAGGUUACAACAUGAAACACAAAAAUAAAUCAGGUUUGAAUUAUUUGCCAGAAGGAUUAGAAAAUGUAAAUUUUUUUGAUUAUCAUUAAAAUAUAUAUGUGCAUACAUAUAUCUUAAAUAAAAAAAAAAUAUAUAUAAACUAUUAUAAUAUAGUUAUAAUAUUAAGAAAUAUAGAGUAUAUUUUAAAAAUUAU